AUGGAUCGUAAACAUGCUUCGAGCGCUAACGAAAUUACGGAGAAAAUGGUUUUGUAUGCUGAGGAAUUCAGUACAGUUUUACAUCUGGUUCUGACCCCUGUAUUUUUUUUAACCGUCCUUUUACUAAUUGCAGGGGAAUUAGAACAAUUGAUUUUGAGUGACGAUUUGUACAAAUCGUAUUAUCCAUCGGUAAAUCAGCAAUUGCUUCCAAAUCUUCGAUUUUUUGUAGCAUCGUAUGAUUUUGGUGAUGCUGCUUAUCCAAGACAGCAGAUUUAUCGCAAAGCUAGCGGUGCACGUAACAAUAGUCAAAAGACAUAUACUCUUCGUGAGAACGAAGAAGGAAAACGAAUUUUGACAGUAACAUCAACAAAUCAAGUCAAAAAAAUGACAAAUUUUCGUGUGUUCGAUAAGUAUACUGAAGUACAAUUGUUAUUAAGAAAAUUGUAUCAUGGAAUGAAAUUUUCUGGAAAAUUACCAUCGAAAAAAUCCCUUGAACGUUUGUUCUAUGGUUUAAAACUUGAUAUUUCAGAACGACGUCUUGAUUUAUGCUGGUCUACCGUAAAAGCAUAUGUACGUCCAUUGAAAAAUAAACAGACGAACGAAGAUUAUGAUAUUGUACAAACUGGCGCAUGGAGUGAUGAUGAUAAUGAUUCAUCAACAGAUGAAGAUUAUCGAACGGAAGAUGAAGAUUCAAACACUGAUGAGUCAGAUGCUGAUGUGAAUAACACAGGCAGUGGUACAGAAGAUGAUAUGAAUACUUCAAUAUCACUAAUUAGUGCUGGUAAAAAAACAAUAGCAAAUCGUACAAGUAAACGUGCAACUCCAUUGAACGCUGGUGGGGGUACUACGGCAACUCAAGUAAAUAUUGGAAAAAAGGCAUCAGUUGUUAAAGCAGCUUCGUCAAAACGACGCCCAGCAGUUAAAGAUAAACAAUGGUAA